UUUCCGAGUCAGUUCCGCGGGGGGUUCAGCUUACGAGUUACGACUCGGUGCUCAUAUGGUGAAAGUUGACUCUCGAGGGAGAUGAUAGUCUUUGGCCCGGUCCAUCCCCGUGCCUUGGCAGAUCGUGGAGAGGAGAAGCGUACUUAUUUAUGUAAACAAAGCGAUUGAGUGAGACAAAAGUGUCCGUCUUAAAGACCAAAAGGUCGAUCUCUUCUCUCUCCCAUGGCGUCCACCUCAGCGAAGAAUUCCUUGUUGCCUGUGUCAGAUCCUCCAAAACUUGGCGAUGAUAAGCUUUUCAAAGGAUCGACGAUGACCAGAAGAGGAGCUUUCGCUUCUAUCUCUUACAUGUCAUGUGCCGUACUUCUGGUGUUGUUCAACAAAGCUGCUCUUUCUUCUUAUAGCUUCCCUUGUGCAAAUGUCAUCACUCUGUGCCAGAUGAUAAGUUCAAAUGCAUUUCUUUUUCUAUUAAGACGAUCAAAGCUUAUAUCCUUCAGUGGAGGUGAAACCUUUGAUAAUAAUAUGGGUUUUGUUCCUUUGAAGACGUUAAUUCGCACCUCUCCUAUUGCAUUUUCCUAUUUGCUCUACAUGUUAGCUACCAUGGAAUCUAUCCGUGGAGUAAAUGUUCCCAUGUAUACCACUCUUCGGAGGACAACAGUGAUAUUUACAAUGGCUGUGGAGUAUACUUUAGCAGGGCAGAGAUAUUCAACUUCAAUUUUUGGAAGUGUGGCUUUGAUCAUUUUUGGUGCAUUUAUUGCUGGAGUACGGGACUUGUCCUUUGAUUCAUAUGGCUAUUCAAUAGUCUUCUUAUCCAACGUCACCACAGCAUUGUAUCUUGCUACUAUAUCGCGGAUUGGGAAAAGUAGUGGCCUGAACACCUUCGGUCUUAUGUGGUGUAAUGGAAUAAUUUGUGGUCCCAUUUUACUGUUCUGGACAUUUGUUCGGGGUGACUUGGAGACUACUAUGAAUUUCCAGUAUCUGUUCUCACCAGGCUUCAUGGUUGUGUUGCUUCUAUCUUGUGUAUUGGCUUUCUUCCUGAAUUACAGUAUAUUUCUCAACACAACUCUGAAUUCAGCUCUCACCCAGACCAUAUGUGGCAAUCUGAAGGAUUUUUUCACCAUUGGACUUGGCUGGAUGCUAUUUGGCGGCCUUCCAUUUGACUUUUUCAACGUGGUAGGACAGGUCCUUGGUUUUGUAGGAUCGGGUUUAUAUGCCUACUACAAGCUUGUCGGGAAAUAAUAGAAGCGAGAGUCUCGAAAGACUAGACAAAUUUUGCACAUAAAGAAGAGCUAACUCAAAGAAGAAGGAAGGUAGAGUUUAUGUAGCAAUAGAUUGUGCUUUUUAUAUGGUACUCCUACUAUUCGGCCUCUCAGAAUAUCAGUUACUUUUAUCAUGUAUUUUUAUCGACCGGUUCUCUUUUCGUGCUUCAUUCAAAUUCUAUCAAAUAAUACUGAUAUCAUUCUUAGCUAUAA